UUCUAGUAACUUUUGUCUCAAAGUCACCAAAUCCGCCAUUUUUGUGCCCUUGUUGAAUAAUGUUUCAUGCGGUUUUUUAGACAAAAACUCGAGUGAAAACGCGUAAAAACACACUUUUUGUGCCCCCGUAAUCCUCGUUUUAUCGCUUUUCUGUGAAAAAUGGCCGCUUUUAUUGUCGCACGCUCGCUACCAGUUUUAAAUCGAGCAAUAAAGCAGUUUCUGGCGAACGACUUGUCGAAAUUGCACCACCAGGGGCGCAUAAUCCAAUGCAUAAUCCCGACAGUGACCCAAAACCGUUUUUACGCCGCUGAAAAGAAGGUUUUCGACCGGUCGAAGCCCCACUGCAAUGUGGGCACAAUCGGGCACGUGGACCACGGAAAAACGACCCUAACCGCGGCCAUAACCAAAGUCCUCGCCGACCAGAAGCUCGCCGAGGCAAAAAAGUACCAAGAUAUUGAUAAUGCCCCCGAGGAGAAGGCGCGAGGCAUCACCAUCAACGUCGCCCAUAUCGAGUACCAGACCGAAAACAGGCAUUACGGGCAUACGGACUGCCCCGGACAUGCCGACUACAUCAAGAACAUGAUCACGGGGGCGGCGCAGAUGGACGGGGGCAUCCUCGUCGUGGCCGCCACCGACGGGGUCAUGCCCCAAACCCGCGAACAUCUCCUUCUCGCCAAGCAAAUCGGGGUGGAUCACCUCGUGGUCUUCAUCAACAAAGUCGACGCCGCCGACCAGGAAAUGGUCGAGUUGGUGGAGAUGGAAAUCCGGGAGUUGAUGACCCAGAUGGGGUUCGACGGUGAUAACGUCCCCAUUGUGGCCGGGUCGGCGUUGUGCGCCCUUGAGGGGAAGAACCCCGAGAUUGGGGCCGAAGCAGUCCUCAAACUUUUAAAGGAAGUCGAUAGUUACAUUCCCACCCCCAUGAGGGAGUUGGACAAGCCGUUUUUGCUCCCCGUGGAGCACGUCUACUCGAUCCCUGGACGGGGGACUGUGGUGACGGGGCGUCUGGAACGGGGGGUUGUCAAAAAGGGGAACGAUUGCGAGUUUGUGGGGUUCAAUAAGGUGAUUAAAAGCACAGUGACGGGGGUUGAGAUGUUCCACCAAAUCCUAGAGGAGGCACAAGCCGGGGACCAAGUCGGGGCUUUGGUCCGAGGAGUCAAACGAGAUGACAUCAAGAGAGGUAUGGUAAUGGCCAAGCCCGGAAGUGUCAAAAGCUACGACCAUAUUGAAUCUCAAGUGUAUAUUUUGAGCAAGGACGAGGGGGGCAGGACUAAGCCCUUCACCUCCUUCAUCCAAUUACAGAUGUUUUGCAGGACUUGGGAUUGCGCCAUUCAGGUCAUUGUCCCCGAUAAGGAAAUGGUGAUGCCGGGAGAGGACUCAAAGUUGAUUUUGAAAUUAUUCAGACCCAUGGUACUGGAACAAGGACAAAGGUUCACGUUGAGGGAUGGAACCCAGACGCUUGGUACUGGGGUUGUGACCAAAGUCUUGCCCUCGUUGAAGGAAAAUGAGAGAAUACAGUUGUUGGAAGGGAAGAAAGCGAGGGAGAAGAGGGAAGCACAGAAAUAAACGUUUAGCUUCUUAAGUUAUUACUUUGUACUUUAUGUUAUGGAAAUAGUGUAAAAUAAAGACGUUUUUACCGUGUAA